AAUUUAAACUGAUCCAAGAUGGCAACAGCAAUAUUGUUGGUUACAGUUGGGCUGUUUUGCUUCAACGGAGUUUUAUGUGCUAAGGUCCAAUGCGAUUUUUAUGAUGUAGAGUGCACAACAAGAACUGCUCAGAGAGAAUAUCUUAAUUUCGUGAAUGGUAUCGAUGGUGUUGCAUCUUCUGACCCUUUGAAGCAAGAUUUCAUUGAAAGCAAUCUCCCUAAAUUAAAAUAUACUAUUAAGGACGGAAUUUUGUCUGGAUUCAAGAACUGUUUUAUUGAACUAUUGAGAUUUUCGAAAGAUCAAACAUUCGAUAAUCACGUUAGAUGCCCACAAAUUACUUUGAACGGUGAAUAUGAACUGAAGGGUGACUUACUCAACAACUAUAUUGAAGGCAAGGGUACCUGCAAGGUAGAAUUUUACGACUAUCGCUUCGUCAUCCAAGGUAACUACGACGCAAACAAACGCGAUGGCAAAACGUAUGUAUACUUUAAAAGUUAUACACUUAAAACGGAUCCAAGAGGAAAAAUGAUAUUUGGCUUCAAAAAUCUCUUCAAUGGUGAUAAGCAGAAAUCUGACGCUGCUCUCAAAACGAUGAACGAAAACUGGAAAGAAGUGGACAAAGCGAUGCAUCAACAAGUCAUGGAAGCAUUUAUCAAAACAUAUAUGAAAAAUGUUAAUGACUUUACAAAUAAAAUAUCAGCUGAAGAUAUAUUAUCUUACGAGCAAGAAGUAAUUAGUGGCGGUUACCUCUCGCACACGACUUUGAUGCAGCCCAUGGUGCAGACCGAGAGAAAUGGUGAAGCCUCCUUCUACGAAGCAUUCAUGAAAGAUGAAAGGAGGCAAACUGAGACAACAUUUUGCCAUUUCAUGUGCAUUAAUACAGUGAAUAUGUUGUCAGUAUUAUUAAUUGCUUUGUUGUUGUUCUGCGACUGUGCUUUAAGUAAGAGAGUACCAUGUGCCUUCACAGAUGAAAAGUGUUUAACAGAAAGUUGUGACCGAUCUUUUAAGAAGUUCAUAAAUGGCAAAAGUGGAGCCCAGUCUUCUGACCCCAUGCAUCUGGAUUCAAUGACAAUUGAUCUGCCUAAAAUUAAAUACGGUGCAAACAAUAAUAACUUUUUGGGAAUGUCGAAUUGCCAUGUCGUGCUAACUCGAAUUUCACUAGAGAGCAGUACAUUCGUGUACAACAUUUCCUGUCCAAGUCUUACAAUGAAAAUGGAUUAUGAUAUGAAAGGCCAACUAGGUUCAAAGAACGUCGAUGAAAAAGGGAAUUGUGUAGUCAAUUUUGAUGACUAUCUUCUAAGAUUUGUAGGAGACUACAGCCAAUACAAUGGUGUGGACAACAAGAUUCAUCUUCAAGCCAAAAGCUACAAAUUCACGCCUGAUAAUAAAGCAAGAGUGCAUUACGAAUGUAAAAAACAAUCAAGCGGCGAUAAGCUAAAAUCAAACGAAUGGCGUGAUACACACCAACAGGCCGCUAAGAAUUUACUACAGAGUUUCAUGGCAAAAUAUAUGAAAAACGUUAAUCGUUUCUUGGAAAGGACUUCAAAUGAUGAUUUAUUCUACCAGGAAUUAUGAAAUAAAAAAAAAUAUGAAUAAUUGACUAUGAAAAAAAUUAAAUAUAAAUGUACAAAUAAAUCAUUGAAUACCUGUUUUGUUUACCUAUAAGUCUUAUUUAAAAUUAUUUUUUGCUUAACCUCUAAUUAUUAUAUUUUAAGAUUAAUAAUCAUUUCAUUUGUGUUAAAUGUCAUAAAAAACUGAAUUGUAGUUUUCGAAACUUAGAUUAUUUUUGUUAAAACCUAAUUUGGCUGAAAUGAGAUAAAAAUGUGUCCCAGGUGAGAAAGAAAUUUCAAUAGGAAUAGGUGGUACCUUUGUACUUUAAUUUUAUAUAUGUGUUGUCCAUUAUGUUGUAUGUGUGUACAUCAAUAAACAUAUAAAUUCUAUAUAAUAUAACUACUGUUAUACCUAAGAUUUCAAAAGCAGUAUCAAAACAAAGAAAAGAACAUUGUCUUUUUGUUUCAUAAAUGACGUGUAUAUGUUACUGUAAAAGCUCGAACUGCAGUAAAUCCUAAGAUAUUCCAGUAAAACCUAAGAUCUACCAAUUCCUAAUGGUAAAUGUCCAAAAAGAUUUGCGAUUCGAACUUUUACCACCAUUCCGUUGGUAAAUCUUAGGAUUUACAUCAAUGGCAUGGUAAAUGUUGAAAAACAAAACAUGUCAUAAUGUGCUCAGCGCAUCGACUUCUAGCUUGCCGCCCCCGCUACCCGCGAGCCGUCUCCGCCACUCCGCUCGCCUCAGUCGCUCGUUUGACACGUUUGAACUCGCGCGAUAAAUGGAUUUACAAUUAUAUUUUUGGAUUUGCAUGCAGCAAAGAUUUUAUAAAAUAAUGGACGAGCUUGUGCCAAACAAAAAGAUAAUAACUUUUAUCUCGAUAAGGACAAAUACGCUAAGUGUUUAGAGGAAGUAAAAACUGCAAAGAACAUUAAAAGAAGGAACAUUAAAGAUAAUGUUGUUUUAGGAACCUUACCUAUUAAUCAAUUACAUUUGAUUGUCUUUAUUUACUUCUAAACCAAAUAAUGAGAAAAAUAUAAUAAUUAAGUUAGACUAGCUUUUAUAAAAUUUAUGUUUGUAUUUCGUUGUUAAAUUCCAAAUAGCGAAGUACUGAUUCAGUUAGAUAGAUAUGACAGAUUGAAAUAUUCAGAUAUAUACGUCAUGUGUUCUUUCAAAAAUUUAAAUAAGUUGAUAACCUUACCAACGAAUGCAAACCGUGGAAAUCGGUUCGUGCGUUCUGGAGUUAUAGCAUCAGGAAGGAAAACCCUACUUAUUUUUAUAUAGUAGAAUUACUUCACCGUUUGCUAGUAGUAUCCCAAUAUUUGUAUUUAUUGCUAUCAUUAUGAUAUCUUUAUAAUACCAUGUACCUGUUUUGUUUAAUAGUUCAAAGUAAAUAAUUAAGAAUUACUCAUUGUUUUAUUCUCAAAACCAACAUUUACCAGCUGACAGUGGUAAAACCUAGCAUAUACUGAGUUCGAAUGGUAAAAGCUCGAAAAAAUCGUCGUAUCUUCAGAAAUACUUACAUUUACCAACUCAUGUCGGUAAAUCUUAAGACU